GGGCUGGGGAUCGAGCCUGCAAUUGAGGACCAUAGGCUUGAUCUACAAUGAGUUAAGAACUGUGACUACCCAGAUGUUAUGGACUGAGUCUAUGUGUCACCAGAAAUUCAUGUUGAAGUGCUAACCUCCAAUGUGAUGGUAUAAGGAAGUAAGGACCUUUGGGGGCUGAUUAGGUCAUGAGGGUAGAGAACAGGAUUAGUACCCUUAUAAAAGAGACUCCAGAGACCUCUUUUGCCCCUUCUGUCACAUGAGGACACAGCAGGAAGACAUCAAAUCUGCCCACACCUUGAUUUUGGAUUUCCAGCCUCCAGAACUGUGAGAAACAAAUGUUACUAAGCCAUUCAGUCUGUGGUAUUCUGCUAUACCAGCUCCAACAGACUAAGAUACCAGCUGUGGUUGGGUGACUGUCAUUUCUCACUUUUCUCCCUCUCUAGGAUUACUUCCCAGCACCCCAACCUCCUGCCAUGUCUGACCCCAUCACACUGAAUGUCGGGGGAAAGCUCUACACAACCUCACUGGCAACCUUGACCAGCUUCCCUGACUCCAUGCUAGGUGCCAUGUUCAGCGGGAAGAUGCCCACCAAGAGGGACAGCCAGGGCAACUGCUUCAUUGACCGUGACGGCAAAGUGUUCCGCUACAUCCUCAACUUCCUGCGGACCUCCCACCUGGACUUACCAGAGGACUUCCAGGAGAUGGGUCUGCUCCGCAGGGAGGCUGACUUCUACCAGGUUCAGCCCCUGAUUGAGGCACUGCAGGAGAAGGAGGUGGAGCUCUCCAAGGCAGAGAAGAAUGCCAUGCUCAAUAUCACGCUGAAUCAGCAUGUGCAGACGGUCCACUUCACCGUGCGUGAGGCACCCCAGAUCUACAGCCUCUCCUCUUCCAGCAUGGAGGUCUUCAAUGCCAACAUCUUCAGCACCUCCUGCCUCUUCCUCAAGCUCCUCGGCUCCAAGCUCUUCUACUGCUCUAAUGGCAAUCUCUCCUCCAUCACCAGCCACUUGCAGGACCCCAACCACCUGACUCUGGACUGGGUGGCCAAUGUGGACGGCCUCCCAGAGGAGGAAUACACCAAGCAGAACCUCAAGAGGCUCUGGGUGGUGCCAGCCAACAAGCAGAUCAAUAGCUUCCAGGUCUUCGUGGAGGAGGUGCUGAAAAUCGCUCUAAGUGACGGCUUCUGCAUCGAUUCCUCUCACCCACAUGCUCUGGAUUUUAUGAACAAUAAGAUUAUUCGAUUAAUACGGUACAGGUAAAAGGACCACAACCACAUUUAUAGGUAAAAGGGCCCCAACUGCAAUGGAAAGGGGUUCCCAAGAAGCUCCAUGUCAGCCAAGAUCUUAAAGAGUAUCUCACCAGUAGUGUGAGGCAGGGCACUCUACUAAUCUGUAUUAAUCAUGUAGCAGGACUUGAUUCCCCCAUGAUGCAGUCCACCUAUAGGAAUCCAUGUGUCCUCUCAACAGAGCCACCUUUUUUCUUGCCAUUUUGAGCUGGAGAUGGGCAGUCUGUUAUGACAAGCGAAGAGUCUGCUGGUAUGUCCUAAAGGAGGGCACAGGAGGACUUUCUGACAAGACAGAGGAGCAUCAUUUAUGGCAUGGGCUCCAUCUCUCUCUAUACCACUAGGCAGUGCCUCACUUACCCAUUUGAAUAAGAACCCCCCUGGUGAAGGGGAUGAGGUGAGAACAAGAUGCUCCCUUCAGUUCUUGCUACUCGUCCCAAGGAUGCAGCCCAAGGAUUUGUUUGCCUGAGGGCAACCAUGUUUGACUGGCUUGGAAAAGCAGUAUGUUCUCAAAGCUGUAUUGGCCCCUGCUGGGGAAGAGAUGUGAGCUGUGGCAUGGCCUAGAGGAGUGAGCAUCCAAGCAGGGUUCAGAAGAUGGGGAUAUCCCUUUUGACUGGAUCAACUCUAAGCAUUUGGAGAUUUCUGGCUUCAGAAAUAGGCUGCUGUCCCUUUGAAGGCUUGAAAAUCUGCAGCCAGUGCAAUGAAAGGCACCUCAUACUGUGGCCUGUUACCUGACUUUUGUAAUCCUUUCCCCAAGAAUUUGAGGUAUCAUUGGAACAAGUCAUUUUAAACAAAUAUAUUAUGGACUCUCAGGGUUGGAAAAUAAUUCAACACUUAGUCCUCCCUCACCCCAGCAUACCCCAACACAUUUAGGGAUGAGUUCCUCUCCCCAGUACCUCCAACUGACCACAUAUCCCUGCUUGCAUACCUCCAGUGAUGGGAAGCUCAUGACCCCUAAGGCAGCCCCUGCUGUGGUUGGCUGGUACUGGCUGUUAGAAAAUUCUUAUAUUGAGCCAAAAUCUGCCCUUCCACUCCCAUUUUCUGGCAUUGGUUCUAUUUUAUGGUCUGGUUCUUGUCACCCAAAUAUGUAUUUUCUCUUUCAAAACAGUCACCUUGAGAGACCAGACACUCAUGCUGAAAAUAAUAUUAGGAUUCCCCUUUGGGAUCUGUCUUCAGAACCAAGGCUGGCCCUCUUCCAUCCCCUGUAAGUCAACCCCAUUUUGUUAUGGCUUUGCCUCCUUUGUGACCCCCAUUUCACCCAUCUUCCUCACCAGCCACAACUCUAGAUACCCUCUAACCAUCUUCUAUUGGAAGAUGAAGAUUUGCUGUCCCUGAGGAAGUGCUGCCGGAGGAAGCAGCCAGGGUCCUGGAAAGCAGUAUGCAGCAAGGAACCCAAGAAUGGUCUGAACCAUAACACUGCCCUUGGACUAAGAGUCCAGUCCCUGAGACACUGUUCUGAAGGAGGGUGCCUUCCUCUGUAGUACUGUUUUUUGGUCAUAACAAGAUCAUGAACCGCCUUGGGGUGAAAUUGAGGACAAGACACCCCAAGCCACUACUUCCCAGGGGGUGAUGAGCUGUGCAGGCUUCAAAACUGCACAUUAUGAUUCAUCCCUAGAGUGAGUACAGCCUUGGGAGUCUCAGAGUCUUCCCCACUGGGUAGGGGCCCUCAGACAAAGCCAGGAAAGCCUGGUGGCACAGGCACCCACAGGAGGUGGGCCAAGGAGGGAUCUUCCCAUAAUGUGCUCUGUGAGUAGGGAGCCUGUACACUGGGCUAUGGGCAAGGCCAUAUCCCUUAGGUAAUACAGGCCUUUUUCCCCUACAGUGGGACCCAAGAGUCUCUGACAGCUACUUCAGGCCACCAGGCCAAUGGUACUAGAAUGGAAGCUAUGACCACAACAAAACAGUUUAAGGAAGAAAUCUCAUAAAUUAUCACUGCCUUUUUUCUUCUCCAUAAAAAAUCUUUUUCUCCACCUUUUCGGUGCUUCUUAAUUCAAGCAGCUUGACUUUAGAGAAAGUAAAGGACCUACGAAGCCACUAAUGUGCUGUGUGACUUUAUGCACGUCACUCACCUCACUGAGCCACUCUGUUUCUUCAUCUGUGAAAUGCGCGUAACAGUAAUACAUAACCCUACCUACCUCACAGGGCUGUUGUGAGGAUCAAAUGAAAUAAUGUAUGUGAGAAUGCCAUAUAAAUGAUCAAUGGUU